CUGGAACAAGAGCGCCGACAGGCGGAAUACGAGCGGCGCCUGUGGGCCAAGGACAAGAUCGUGAAGCGGUGGCGCAGCAAUCGCUACGCGCGAAAGAUCAGAGAGCUUAUCCGAUCCAAAGACCGCAUGUCGCAAAUGCAGAGGGAUGCAGAACGAAGGGCACAAGCGAAACAAAGUCUCUUCAAGAUGCUGGGCGACAUCAGUUCUGGCUACUACUAUGACGAGGCGCGCGAGGAGCGGGAGUCCAAGCGAUUCUUCGGGUACAUCAACAGUUUGGACGCAAAUACUGUGGCUCAACUGCAGACACCGACGCGGACUCCAGCAUCUUCACAAGAAGCACAGAAAACCGCUACCACUUUGACGAGGUCCUCGGACGACACUGAAGAUAAAGUCGAGGCUGAGUGGUUGUGGCAGGGAAUGAAUGCGAGGCGCAAGCGUGCGGCUGUAGUGUCACCACGGACGUCGUCGAGGACUAGUGCUAAUGCAAAUGUUGUUGAGGUAAAGGACGAACUACCAAUUCGCAUUUUGGAUCAUUAUUGUCGAGUGACACACACAGCGGCACGGGAAAAUGGUGCUAUAAUACAGCGGACUACAUUUUUGAGAUGA